AUGGUACCAAGUUUGUCUCCUCGUUCAGCGGCGGAGGGGAUGAGAUGCACGGUGGUCAACCCGGCGCUCAAGGUCGACCCGACGCUCAUAAAGCAGGGCAACUCAGAAAACGCAGCUCGCCCGCUUUUCAGCGAAGGAGCAGGCCCGAGACGGCUCAAGUUCACGCAAAAGCGGCCACGGAAGACGUCGUCGCCCCGCUCUUUGUCGGACGCGUCCACGUUUACGCCGUCGACCACCAACGACACGCAAUCUCACUGCCACAGUGAGCACCUCCCGGAACGCGCCGAGCAUGAUCUCGCGCCUGCCUGCCGGAACAGACUCAACAAUGUGCCCGGCUCUGGGGGACAGUAG